AUGACCCCUAAACCUAUUUGUCACCCCUGUAAAAAAUUUACCUGGGAAGAAUUGGCAAAUCAUAAUAAGGCUGAUGAUGCCUAUGUCGCUGUUCGUGGUAAUGUAUAUGAUAUCACAAAUUUUAUAAAGAGGCACCCAGGUGGUGAAGAUAUCUUGUUAUUUGCUGCUGGAAGAGAUGCGACACAGGCAUUUGAAACAUACCAUGAACUUGGAAAACCUGAUUUGGUUCUUAAAAAAUAUUUCAUCGGAACCUUAAUAAGUAAUGAAUUGCCAGUAUUCAUAGAACCAACCGAAUUCCAUCGAACGCUUAAAAAAAGAGUUGAAGAUUAUUUCCAAAAUAAUCAAAUCGAUCCAAAGAAUCGCAUUACCAUUUGGUUACGUUACGCUGUUAUUUUCGGCUCACUUAUUGGAUCAUAUUAUGCGCAGUUCUUUAUUACAUAUAUUGUUGAACGAACAUGGUUACAAAUCAUGUUUGCGAUAAUUAUGGGUUUUGCAUGUGCUCAAAUUGGAUUGAAUCCUCUUCACGACGCUUCUCACUUUUCAGGUGCUACACAUGAUUUCUUGAAUGGAGCAUCACAUCUUGUAUGGACGUAUCAACAUGCUUUUGGUCAUCAUAUAUACACUAACAUUGCGGAUGCCGAUCCGGAUAUUUUAACUGAUGAUCCGGAUUUUCGAAGAAUUAAACCAAGUCAAAACUGGUAUUCUCGUUAUAUAAAUCAACAAACAUUCGUACCAUUAUUAUAUGGGUUAUUGGCCUUUAAAACUCGUAUCCAAGAUAUCAGUAUCGUAUAUAUUAUUGGAUCUAAUGGUAAAAUAAGGAUAAACCCUCUUAGUACAUGGCAUACGAGCAUAUUUUGGGGUGGGAAGGCAUUUUUCAUUUUAUUUCGAAUUAUAAUUCCGUUGAUUAUUAUACCCGCAUGGAAAUUCGCUUUACUUUUCGUGAUCGCUGAUUUGGUCACAUCUUAUUGGUUGGCUUUAACAUUUCAAGCCAACCAUGUUGUAGAGGAAGUAGAAUGGCCACUUCCUGAUGAAACAGGAUUAAUCCAAAAAGAUUGGGCAGAAAUGCAAAUUGUUACCACACUAGAUUAUGCUUAUGAUUCAUAUUUCUGGACAUCAAUAGUUGGAUCAUUGAAUUAUCAAGCUGUUCAUCAUGUAUUUCCUCAAGUUUCUCAACAUCGUUACGGUGAAAUUGCUCCUAUUGUCAAAGAAACAUGUAAAGAAUUUGGAAUUCCAUUUUAUUACAAGGAAACUUUUUGGGAUGCGUUUAGAUCUCACCUUGAACAUCUUCGUUUAAUGGGUUUACCACCACAAUCAAAAGGUGAUAUUAAAGUGGAAUAG